CCUGGCCGGAAGAGGCGGCGCCGAGCUGCGCACCGUGGCGGGCUGUGUGCGGCAGCGGGUUCCGGAGGAGGGCCUUCUCCGGCCAGGAGGGUGGAGUGUGGCCCGGUUGACGCGGUAGCUGCGGAGAGGUUUACAGAAAGAAGAUCAUAAAUGUCACCAAUGGUUAGCUGUUAAGUCCUGACACUUUUUGUGCCAACCUCUUCAUUGGGAAAAACUUAGGAAAAGAUAGAAGACUCUGUCCACAUUGGCAAUGGCUAUACCAAUAACAGUGCUUGACUGUGAUCUCUUGCUGUAUGGCCGAGGCCACCGGACCUUGGACCGUUUUAAGCUGGAUGAUGUGACUGAUGACUACUUGAUGUCCAUGUAUGGAUUUCCCCGACAGUUCAUUUACUAUUUAGUGGAACUCUUGGGGGCAAGUCUUUCUCGACCUACUCAGCGAUCUAGGGCUAUUAGCCCAGAGACACAGAUCCUGGCGGCUUUAGGCUUCUAUACCUCAGGUUCCUUCCAGACUCGGAUGGGAGACGCAAUUGGAAUUAGUCAAGCCUCUAUGAGUCGCUGUGUUGCCAAUGUCACUGAAGCCCUUGUGGAAAGGGCCUCACAGUUCAUUCACUUUCCAGCUGAUGAAGCUGCUAUACAGUCUCUAAAGGAUGAAUUCUAUGGAUUGGCAGGGAUGCCUGGGGUGAUAGGGGUGGUUGACUGUAUCCACGUGGCAAUCAAGGCACCAAAUGCUGAAGACCUCUCUUAUGUGAACCGCAAGGGUCUGCAUUCUUUGAACUGCCUGGUGGUGUGUGACAUCAGAGGGACACUAAUGACCGUGGAGACAAACUGGCCAGGUAGCCUCCAGGACUGUGCUGUGUUACAGCAGUCUUCUCUAAGCAGUCAGUUUGAAACUGGGAUGCCCAAAAAUAGCUGGCUUCUUGGCGACAGCUCCUUCUUUCUCCAUACCUGGCUCAUGACUCCACUUCAUGUUCCUGAAACUCCAGCGGAGUAUCGCUAUAAUAGGGCCCAUUCGGCAACACACAGUGUGAUCGAGAAGACUUUGCGGACCCUCUGUUCUAGGUUCCGAUGCCUGGAUGGAUCGAAGGGGGCGUUGCAGUAUUCACCAGAGAAAUCCAGCCACAUCAUCUUGGCUUGCUGUGUCCUGCACAACAUUUCCUUGGAACAUGGAAUGGAUGUUUGGUCCUCUCCAAUGACUGGACCCAUUGAACAGCCCCCUGGGGGCGAGUUUGAGCAAAUGGAGUCUCUGGACUUAGAGGCUGACCGAAUCCGGCAGGAGCUGAUGCUCACUCAUUUUAGUUAGUGUGGAACUCAGGAGGAGGGACACUUUCUAGAAUGAACUAUAACAACCUUCCACAAAGUUACCAGCCCAUCACAAAAUUCUGUGGUCCAGCAUGACUGAAUGUGCACACUUGUCAUAAAUUAACAUUUUAGAAGGGCAGGGGGUGGGGGGACACAUGCCAGCCCUUGCAAAUGUGUCAACUAGAUCAAAACCAAGACAGUGUUUCCCUAGUGUAAGGUGAAUCCCAGGCUAUGCACCCCUUUUUUGAAGGUUCACUGAUUACAAUGGCAAAGUCACAUCACAUAGUAAAGGAGAAAACAGCACAUAACCAAAGCAUUUUGUUGUUUCAUUUAUCUGGAGAUCUCAAGUGAAAAUGUUUGUCCUUAUUUAUUGCUAUUUUGUUUGAGACAUUUUUUUCUAUGUAGCAUGGACUUGCCUGGUGCUCACUUUGUAGCCCAGGUUGGCCUGGAACUUGUAGCAGCCCUCCUGCUUCAGCUUCCCAAAUGUCCUGAUUCUUUGUUUUUAUCCUUUGCUGUCUACAGAGACAAAUAGGAAGAAAGAAUGAAUUUAGUUGAGAAAUGGUCCUCUUUUUUGUUUGUUUGUUUUUGGUUUCUCUGUGUAGCCUUGGCUGUCCUGGACUUGCUUUGUAGACCAGGCUGUCCUUGAACGUACAGAGAAUCCCCCUGCCUCUGCUCCUCGAGUGCUGGGAUUACUGUGUGCGUUGCUACACCCUUCCAGAAAUGGUCUUCUAAUAAGAGUAGGUGAGCAUUCGUCCAGCAUGUGUGACGGCUCGAUCCCUAGAACUGAAGACAGACUAAAUAGUAAUAAGAGAAAGGAACUAGCAGUGUGCAUUUGCAGGGUUGUUUGGAAGAGGGCAUUAGGGACAGUGGGAAGCACCAUCCUUGGCAUGCCAGCUCUAACUGGACUAUGAUUUGGAUCUAGUUCUUAGAGGGAACAUCUGAAUUCCAGACCUUAGUCUACCCUUGAGUCGGUCAGAGCCUAAGCUUGAAGAAGGUAACUCAAAUAUAAAUAAAAUAUUAAGUUUAUACCUUACAGAUGCUCUAAGACCCUGGCAGUUCAAUGAACAAAAGAGUCCUACAAGUUUAUAAAAUUCCUAUCUAACUAAACUACAUUAAAAAAAUAACAUUGAUUUAUUUUGUGUGUGGGUGGUGUAGAGGUCAGAAUACAACUUGUGGGUCUCAGAGAUUAAAUUCGUACCAGGCUUGGCAGCAAGCAUCUUUACCUGCUGAGAUAUCUUGCUGGCCUGAUAUUUCUUUCUUCUUUCCUUUUUCCUUUUUAAUGUGGCAAUGAGAUUGAAUUUAAGAGUCUGCUUUCUAGCAGGGCUUGGUGGUGCACGCCUGUGAUCCCAGCACUCAGGGAGGCAUAGGCAGGUAGAUUGCUGUGAGUUCAAGGUCAGCUUGGUCUACAAAGUGAGUACAGGACAGCCAAGGCUACACAGAGAAACCCUGUCUCAAAAAAUAAAUAAAUAAAAACAAAAGGCCUAAUUUCUGUAUGCUCGGCAAGUGUUCUACCUCUAAGCUAUAUCCUUAGCUUGCUGUUUUUGUUUGCAUUUUAUUACUCUGUUGUCCAAGCUGGCCUGGAACUCACUAACUCAGGCCUUAAACUUGUAAUCGUCCUGAGUCACCCUCCUUAGCAGUUGGGAUUACAGACCUGUGCCGUGUUGUGGUUGUUAUGGCUGUGGUAAGAAUAUUUAUAUAGUAUAUUUUGGAAUUCUUUAUACAGAGGACAAUUCUGGGGUAAAAAAAAAAAGGAUCUUAGAGCCAGGCAUAGUGGCUCAUGCCUGUAAUCCUAGCACUCAGGAGGCUGAAGCAGUUAUGUUCUGAUUUCAAAGACAACUUGUACCACAGUCUCAGGCCAGUCUGGGCUACUGUGGGAGCCUUGUCUUUGAAAAGCAGAAGUACAAAGCAUGGCUUGAAAUAAACUGUGGAGUUAGACCUUAGAAAAUAUUAUAUGCAGAGUGAUAGACAGAACUUCCCAGGAAAUAAAUAACCCCCUAACAAGUCUUGUUCUAAAAUUUCACUGCUGUAAAAACAACCUGAUAGGGAUAAUAGAAGUGUGAAUUAGGUUCACACAUCGGUGUCUUUGCUGGGACUAAAAAGAGAUUUUCCUGAGGAUUGUCUUGUUCCCAGUUUCUCAGUCACUUAUCAUGUAACACCUCUGAAUUGGCCCCUUGGAUCAUUUUCUACCUGCCUUUGGCAGUGUUAAUCUGGUGAUUUUCAAAGUAAAGAAGUGAACAGCUGAUGACAGAGAAAUGUGGAAAUAAAUUGAGGGUGACUCAUCCUCAAGAUUAAAAACAAUUAUGGAUUAUUAUCUGCUGUUUAUUUCCAUUCCAAAUUCUGUUUCUUAUCAUUUUCCUCUGUGAAGAGUGGGUCGCUUGGCAGGAGAGUGAAUUUAAUGAGUACAAGGAGGUCCUAGAGGGGGGAUGGACAGUAGAUGGUUGAUAGAAACUAGUUCUGAGCAUUAUACAAUGAAGACUUUGUUACAUUUUGUUCUUUGUACACUUUUUUUUUCUAUUUAUUUUGAGAUAUUAUCUCACUAGGCAGCCAUGGCUAGCCUGGUACUGAUUAUUUAGCUCAGGGUGUCCUCAUAUUCAGCAGUCUUCCUGUCUUUGUUUCCUAGGUACUAGAAUGACAGAUACACCACAGUACUUAGCUCUGUUUUUGUUGGUUGGUUUUUAUUUUAUUAAGACAGUUUUACCAUGUAGCUUUAUUUUACCUAAAACUCAAUGAAUAGACCAGGCUGGCUUUGGAGUCAUAGAAGUCCAUCUGUUUAUGGAGUGCUGGGAUUAAAGGCCUUAAUCAGCCACCUGUUUUUUGUUUUGUUUUUCUUUUUCCAGACAGGCUUUCUUUGUAUAGCGUUGGCUGUCCCAGACUUGCUUUGUAGAUCAGGCUAGCCUUGAACUCAUAGGGAUCCCCUUACCUCUCCCUCCCUGAGUGCUUGAAUUGAAGGUGUGUGCCACCACGACUGUCUCAGCCACUUGCUUUUCUUUCCUUCCUUCCUUCCUUCCUUCCUUCCUUCCUUCCUUCCUUCCUUCCUUCCUUCCUUCCUUCCUAUCGAGACAGGGUUUCUUUGUGUAGCCCUGGCUGUCUUGGAACUCGCUCUAUAGAUCAGGUUGGCUUCAAACUCAGAGAUCCACUUGCUUCUGCUCAUAAGGGCUGGGAUUAAAGACAUGUGCCACCAUUCCUGGCAUUGUAUAUAUGUAUGUAUUUAGUUUGUUAUUUAUUUAUUGCUGGGGAAUCAAAUCCAGAACCCAGCACACAUACUUAAGCAUUCUACUUGGGGCUACAACUUCAUAGUGUGCAAAACUUAACAAUAGCUUGUUUUGUCUCCCUCAUAAGAUAUGCAGCCUCCUCAGACUUGCCACCCUCCUCGUUUAGCUUCCAAAUGCUGAGAAAAAGAAGAAAACAAAACAAAACCAAAACUGAAAGCUUCUACCCCUGUGUGUGUCCUCAUCUUUGGGUCUGUUUUAUUGUCUAGAUUUUACCAAGAUUUUAUAAAACUGUAUGUAUAAAAGAUGAUAGACUAAAAAUUUAACAUUC